AUGUCUGCGAGCGUCUCAUACGACACCCUCAAGAAAUCCCCAGCUCAAGACGCUAACGAGGAGACCCCGUCACAACACAGAUCCCAUAAGAAGCCGACUAAGCCAACUAAGUCCCUCCCCACUCGAUGGAAACCUCCUAAAUCAUUUGUCCCGCGUUUGAUCUUCCACGUGAUGUGCUUUUGCUUAACGCUUCAUUCAAAUUUGGAUUUCAUGUGGGAGAUCUUCCAAGAACCUAAGGGUUGGGAAAGCUUCCAUAUUAAAUACCUCGUUCAGCUCAAUCAGCUGAGCACUGUGCAAGGAUUGCUCCUUACGACUGUCGCAGUCUUCAUCUCCACUGGGGCGCCUCUGCAACAAAUAGUAAACUACGAUGCUGGCGGACCGUAUACACUUCUAUCAGAAUCAUUGGUGUUCUCGUUGUUUGGUCUGUUGUUCCAGCUUUAUAUCUCCGUCGUGGGGCAGAGUUAUCAACAGCAGAAAACCUUCAAAUGGCUUUUCCUAUGUCAUAUCAUGAUUCUCUCGAUUCCUAUCUAUACAUUCGCUAUAUCUCUACUGCUACUCCUCUUCGCUAUAUCUGUGACGGGCUUCCUAUCCUCUUCGGAUUUGGCUCAGGUUUUGACCGUAGUGACUUUUGCCCUGCUUUUCGCGUAUCUGCUUGUUUCUAUCCUCCCGUCGCCAUUCUAUUCGCGACUUUAUGGGUUCUUGUGGGGGAAGAGAAACUCGGAACCUGACGACAGCGAGGAUGAGUUGGACGGAGAGCUUCAUGAGAAGGAGGGCGCUUAG